AGAGUAGAGAGACUGUCACCCAAUGUACAUUACCGAAUACCUGAGACCGUACUGAAGCAACAAGGAACGAGCACAAGGGAAUUGACCGGUUUAUUCAAGUUCGUGACAUGGAUAUUGGAUAAUGGAUGCGAUCAAAACAACUCCAAGGUCAUCUGAUCUGUUGCGUAAGUCUGUUCUCAUAAUUGAACUAUACGGCUCAAGCUGUUUAUUUUCUCUUAACGUCUGUGAUGAAUUUCCAGCUUCGUUUGCAAAAUCUAUCGUCAAAUCUUUUCAAGGAAGCACAAAGGUUCACUGAUUACAAUAUACGCUCAUACUUUGAGCGAAAGAUCGACAAAAUUUUCAAAAACCUUAGUCAAGUCGAGGAUGCAAACAUUUUGGAAACUGGACUAAAGAAGAAUGAAGAAUUGCUAGAAGUCCUUGCGAGACAGGCUACUCUAAAUAACAUAUACCCAUCGGGUAAAAGUGUGAUUGAGUAGACUCUCUAUUUUUAUCUAAAUACAUUUUACUCGAUUAA